AUGGCUGCGCUUCCGUCUCUGCGACUCUACACCUCCAAUGCAUCGCCCUACUGCCUCAAGGUCAUGUUGCUCGCCCACGAGCUCGGCCUGGCCUCGCACCUGGACCUCGACUACUCGGUGAAGGCGUUCCCGACGACCACCCAUACGCCGCACAGCCACCUCGUCCCGCACGGCAAGAUUCCCGCCCUCGUCGUCUCGUCGCCGGGUCCGCCAGCGCGCGAGUCGGUCCUGUACGGCUCGGAGAACAUCUGCGCGUACCUCGACGAGCUCGCAGGCGGCAAGGCGCUCCCGCCGCAUGGCAGCCUCGAGCGGUUCGAGGCGUUGACGACCGAGUCGCUCGCGAGCGCGAUCAAGGACGCCGCGCUGUCGCUCCGGUCCGAGCGGCUGGAACGUCCCAAGGAGCUCGUGUGGCAGGACUGGGUCACGGGACAGCUCUCCAAGGUCACCCGCAGCGUCCCCGUUCUCGCGCGACGACGGCUGCCGGAUCCCGCCGCCGAGGUCCUCGGCCUGGACGGCAUUGCCGCCGCGGUCGCGCUGUGGUACGUCGACAGGCGCGCCGCCGACUCGAACUGGCGCGACUUGGACGGCGGCAAGGACCUCGAACAGUGGCUCGAGCGGGUGAAAGCGCGACCGUCGUGGUCGGCGACGCCGUUUGUCAAGUAG